AUGGUGCGCGUAGAACCUUCGCCUAGUCCGUUAGCUGGUGGAUAUUCUUCAUCACCUUCCUACUCGCCGAAUAUGGUUGAGCCAGUAAGAAGUCAUCAUGAUCAUGGCUCGCCUUAUUAUACGACUGGUAAUGGAGUUGGUCAUGGGAAUGGAAAUGCUGUUUUUACUCAGCAUCAGAGUAAUGAAGAAAUAAUUCGAAAGAAUGAUGAAAUUGCAUUGAUAAUGUUUAUGUUUGGAUUGGGAUUUCCUCUGAUAUGGUUGUUAUUAGCAAUUCUGACAGCAAGGAAUAGAGAAAAGUAUGGACCUAAAGCAAGAAAGCUAGUAAACAGUAUAUUAUUGAGAAUAAUUGAAAAGAAAAUGCAUGAAUGUGUUUGUUAUUUGGAUUGGAACAUUGCCUCCCGAGAAUUGCAAGAUAACUUUCGUCUAGUUUCAGCAAAGAUUGUUAUUAAAUCUGCUCUACUGGCAAACAUUCAAUACUAUCCACAAAUGGUGAGUCAAUUAUUCGAAUGUUAUCCACAUGAUGAAGAAGAACAAGACUUUCGAAUAACCCAGACGAAACAAUUACUAAAAUCUGAUUUGGACAUUAUCAAACAAGCUCUCAAGCAUCACGAAACAACACUUAAACUCAUCGACCUCGAACUUGCCUCUAAUUUGGAAAUAGUUUCACUCUCAGUUCAUUACCACAUCCACUCAAUCAAACAUGCACCAAGAAUUGUUCGUUCUAAUGAGAAAUUUAUGAAAGAAUUGAUUGCUAAAUAUCCUCAACAUGGCGAACUUCUUCAAUUUGAAAUAAAUCAAGAAACGAAAAUUAAAUGA